AAUUGAUUAAUUGAUAUCUUGGGCGCUCGUGCGGGGACUGAGCGCGAGUUGUUUACCUCCUCGCGGCGUGACGUCACGACACACCCCUUGUGCGCGUACGUGUGUGUAUGUGUGUGUGUGUGUGUGCCGUGCCCAUACGUCGGAACGCAGGGGAAGAGAAGCGCGCGUGACAGUGGGGUUUCUUGCGCGUAAAUAAAAAAAAACGUUUUUUAAAAAACAAUUAAGGUCUCGAGAGAGAGAGAGAGAGAGAGAGAGAGCGCGCGCGUUACCGAGGCGGGGCGGCGUUACAACCGAAACCUCCUGUUUGUUUGGAUUAUUUUUUUUCUCUCAUUACUGGGGUCCAAGUUCAAACUUGGUGUGUGUGUGUGUGUGUGUCCGUGCGCGCGCUCUGUUUUAUGUUACCGACAAGAAGAAGGAAGAAUUCUCGGCUCGGUGCUGAUGCGUCUCCGCGCUGCUCGCCAUAGGAAUGAGAUAAACACCCACACACACACACACACGCACGCACGCGUGCGCGCUCACGAGACAGAAGAAGGAAAGAAAGAAAGAAAGAAAAGUUACGAGUGCGCACCGGGCCCGCGCGCGAGGAGGAGACAGAGGGAGAGAGAGGGGGAGAAAGUUGCACGGUACGGACCGGGUCCCGGAGACACGCGGACAUGAGGGAGGCGCAGCGACUCUAAUUAAUAAUCGCGUUAAUUAGAGCGCGCGCUGCACACACACACACACACACACACACACACACAGUGUCCGAACUUUAAUCUCCUGAACACGAGGAACUUUCACACUGUGUCACACAGUAUCCUCUGUGUGUGUGUGUGUGUGUGUAGGUUACAUUAAUGCACGUGCGCACGCGGGAAGAAAGGAGGAAACAAACGCUUCAAGCAGUGAAGAGCAAGGAAGAAGGAUACACUCACACACACACACACACACACACACGCUGAUGUGAAGAGGAAUGCAGAAGAACUCGGUGAUGGAGUCCGCAGUCAGCACAUCCACGCAGGUGCCUGAUGAAUACGACCGGAACGUUCCGAGGAUCUGCGGCGUGUGUGGAGACAAAGCUACUGGCUUCCACUUUAAUGCCAUGACCUGUGAGGGCUGCAAGGGCUUCUUCAGACGCAGCAUGAAGCGCAAGGCCAGCUUUACGUGCCCUUUCAGCGGGAGCUGCACCAUCACUAAAGACAACCGGCGUCACUGCCAGGCCUGCAGACUCAAACGCUGUCUGGAUAUCGGCAUGAUGAAGGAGUUUAUCCUGACUGAUGAGGAGGUGCAGAGGAAGAAAGAUCUGAUCCAGAAGAGGAAGGAUGAAGAGGCGCAGAAAGAAGCGCAGAAGCCCCGCCUCUCUGAGGAGCACAGCAUGGUGAUCUCCACGCUGGUGGAGGCGCAUCACAAGACCUACGACGACUCGUACUCUGACUUCAACCGCUUCAGACCUCCAGUUAGAGAGGGUCCAGUUACACGCAGUGCCAGUCGAGCUGCUUCUCUACACUCACUGUCUGAUGCUUCAUCCGACUCCUUUCGCCACUCGCCUGAGUCGGGCGACAGUAAACUCAAUCUGAGCAGCAUGUUGAUGAUGUAUCAGGACCAAGCUUCUAGUCCUGACUCAAAGGAGGACGAGGGUUCUCGCUUGUCCAUGCUGCCUCACCUGGCUGAUCUGGUCAGCUACAGCAUCCAGAAGGUCAUCGGAUUCGCCAAGAUGAUCCCCGGAUUCAGAGAGUUAACAGCAGAGGACCAGAUCGCGCUGCUGAAGUCCAGUGCCAUUGAGGUGAUCAUGCUGAGGUCCAAUCAGUCCUUCAGUCUGGAGGAUAUGAGCUGGUGCUGCGGGGGGCCCGAGUUCAAGUACUGCGUCAACGAUGUCACCAAAGCUGGCCACACUCUGGAGCUGCUGGAGCCGCUGGUGAAGUUCCAGGUUGGCUUGAAGAAGCUGAAUCUGCACGAGGAGGAACACGUGCUGCUGAUGGCCAUCUGCCUGCUGUCCCCCGACCGUCCCGGCGUGCAGGAUCACGAGCGAGUAGAGUCUCUGCAGGACCGUAUCUCCGAGGUCCUCCAGGCGUACAUCCACGUGCACCACCGCGGCCGCCUGCAAUACGCCAAGAUGAUCCAGAAGCUGGCGGAGCUGCGCAGCCUGAGCGAGGAACACUCGAAGCAGUACCGCACGCUGUCCUUCCAGCCCGAGCACAGCAUGCAGCUCACGCCCCUCGUCCUCGAGGUGUUCGGCGGACAGGUCACCUAGAGGUCAGAGCGAGCGUGUCGGGCGUGGACGCAUGGACAAUCACCAUGAGACACACACACAGAGCCUGGGAGUGACGUGCGUGUGUGUGUGUGAGUGUGUGCGCUUGUAUGAGAAUGUGUGUUUAUUCCUUUAUCAUGAGUUGUAGAUCAGAAGGGUGUUUUUAGCGCUUAUCGCUACAUGCGGCGCAAAGCAUUUAUUCCAUAAACAUUAAUCUGCAGUAUUACACUACAAGUGUAGCUCUGUGUGUGUGUGUGUGUGUGUGUGUGUGUGUGUGUGUGUGUUAUAGCUCUGCUUGGUUCACUACUGCUGUCUCUUUUCACCUCCUACCUUUAAAAUGCACGUGGUCCACACAGUCCAGCCACUCGACCAAUCACAGCGCGGCACUUCACCCUCAGGCCCCGCCCCAUUUAAAUACACUUCUACAUAUUAAUGAGCCUAUAAUCAUACGGCACAGAUGUGUUUUAUAUAAGAAGCCACCUUUAUGUUGAAGAGUUUCUUCCACGUUGAAUUGCUAAUGGACUCGUGUGUGUGUGUGUGUGUGUGUGUGUGUGUGUGUGUGUAUGUGUGUGUGUGUGCGCGCUCACUACCUAGCGUGCGUUAUAGUGAGAUAUGCUUCUACAUCAAACAUCACGAGUCGUUUGGUUAAAGUUCUGACACCCCCAGCGUCAUUGAGUUACAUUUAAUACCGUGCUGUGCAAAAGUAUUCACACCCCUUAAAAUGGAAAGAGUAUGGCGUGACUGCGAACCUCCCAAGACUCGGCCGUCCACCUAAACUGACACGUCGGGCAAUGGCGAGCGUUAAUCACAAUGAUGUGCCACUUUGUGUUGGUCUGUCACAUAAAAUCCCAAUAAAAAAAACAUCUGCGUUUGCGGUUGUGACGUGACAAAACGCUUGUGCAUGAAUACUUUUGCAAUGCACUGAAAAUGGCUUAGAGUCAUUCUGUCACAUUUAAUAAAAGAGUCAGGCCGAUUUACCUUCAGAUAUACACACCGUAUCACUUUUAUGAUAGAUAUUAAUAUAUUGAAAUAUUUUUUUAAAAAGACACCUCCAAUAGCUAAAGAAUCGAUUUCAAAUGACUCACUGAAUCAAAUGCAUUAGAAUCAGGGAGUCUCAAGACGAAAACAAGACGUCUUCCAGUUUUCACCUCAUAAUAUUUACACCAGCUAGCGCAGUCAAAGAGUACUGUGCUAUGGUUUAAAAAAAAAAAAAGAAGAAAUUAAUCUAAAAUGGCUUCUUGUUCACUGCGUGUGCCUCCUACAUAGGGUAUAACAUGGUGUUAUAGACCCUACAUAGUGCUCUCAAGCCUUCAGAAGUAUGCUUUGACCUCAUCCUGUCUCAACCAACGGCAUUUAUUCAGAUAUGCUUUUGUUUAGCUACAUUAUAUAAACUUUUGUCUUUUUUAUGACAAGUAAAGUGUAUUAAAAGCAGUAAGCCAUAGUAUGAAAGUAUGAUGCGCAAUCAAGAGUCUUGAGGAUUCGCUCUCUAGUAACAUUAAUCAAAUUAUAUCGAGUCAUUUUGGUUAUAUUCCCCUCCUUAUUUUCUUGAUAUUUUAUAAAAGCUUGUUUCUUUUUUUGUGACUCAUAAUUUUUAAAAAAUGUUUUAAAAUCAGUAAAUCAAAGCUUUAAAAAAACAUCUUGUAAUCAAGAUUCCCGAGGAAUUGAUUUAUAAUCACGUUAUGACUUGGUGAAUCAGUUCUGAAAAACGAUUCAGAGCCAUCAGGUCAGAUUUGACUUCAGUAUAUGUCUCUUACACGUUUAUACGUGAUAUUGUGUUUUAAAAGCAGAAAGCCAUAGUAGAAAAACACCAGUGUGUAACUCAGAUGCCGAAAAAAAUGAUUUCUGAUCACAAUGACUGGCAUCAAAUCAGGAAUCUUUUUAUUUAUUUAUAUUUUUUUUUUAGAAGUUUUCAGUCCGUACUGAAGUGAGACAAAAGACACUUUGAUUUUUAUCCUCUUUUUUUUUUUUGUGCAGCGUGGAGAAAGCGAGUGAUGUGGUGAGGUCUGUGUGGACCGCUCAGUGCUUACUCAGUGUUUAUUGCUGAGCUUAAAAACGUGUAAAUAUGACGUAUAUACCCUUUAACAUUAUAUACUUAGAACCUACACGUGUAAUCUUUACCUCUGACCUGAGACGUGACCUGAGACGUGUGUAUAUAUAUAUAUAUA